CUUGACCCUGGAUUUUUCCCACUUCACUGGACUCUCACGUUCCUCUCCAAGCCGACUCACGAAACGUCCAGACGCGCCGGCUGCGAGUCGAUCUAGGAAACGCCGAUCAACGGUCUUUCUGGAUGCACUAUGGUUUGCCUCAGAUUGCACUUGAAGAAGAAGCAAGCCUAAUUAUGCAUGAAAAGACCUCUCAGCAAAAGUCAGCGAACUUGCUGCUCUACACCAUCUAAUACCUCUUCCUCUUUCUCUGACUCUGACUCUGCAACAUGACUGCUUUUAUCACGCUUCUGGUAGCCCUGUUCCUAGGCUGCCAAGUGUUUGCAAUUCCAUACGUCCCGUCCCAUCUUCUGUAUUCAGCGCAGUACAAUGGAUCCAUUGCAUAUCUGUUACGGCCCAGUAGUAACCAUACUAUUGAAUUCCUCUCAUUGAACAUCUCCCAAGACAUUGACAGCGCCCAGCCCCAAUAUACCACCUUACUGGACGAUGCGUCGUUUCAGCUUGACAAGCAAAACCCCGUCCAUAUUCCGGCUAUCGACCAACACGGCAUUUUAAAAGUCUAUACGGGAGAUUGCCAAAAUACUUCGGGGUAUGGUGCCUUAUGGCAAUUCGUCCCGGAUGCAGCGAGUUCCACCGGCAAUGGAACAUGGGAGAGAAUCGAGGUAAAUGGGACCGGUCAGUCGAACAUCAGCCCUCAUGGGCCAAACUAUCUCGCCGCUGGUUUUACAUACGCCUCCACCAAUACAACUAACAGCUCUUUCUACGCCUUUGGUGGAAUGUGCCCACUUGCAAGUGCCUCCGAGGCCACCUGGAUCACUGCCGCCAACUACUCUCAGUCCAUGAUAGCCCUGGAACCUCCCAAAACCGAUGGUCUAACUUCCUACCGGCUCUCAGCGACCGGUGACCGCGCACCUCCAAUCCCUGAAGCUGGGUUCACGAUUACUCCGUUACAGGCAACAUAUAGGUCUACAUCCAGUGGCACAUUGAUACAACAACAAGAUUUUCUGCUGAUCGGAGGCCAGACUCAAAACGCAUUCAUCAAUAUGUCACAGGUUGCUGUCUUUUCACUGCCACAGAGCAGCUGGAGUUUUGUCACGAUUGAUUCUACACAGAGCCUGGGCCGAACGGAGCUCGCCAUCCGGGCUCCCUCGGCAGUGGAACCUAGGUCCGGCCAUACAGCCGUCCUUUCGCCAGAUGGAAGUAAGGUGGUGGUCUUUGGGGGCUGGGUUGGUAACACCAGCAUUCCUGCCAGUCCACAGUUAGCUAUCCUUGAGCUAGCAGCAGACUCUACAGGCGCCGAAUGGGCCUGGAAGAUCCCGCCCACCGGAGACGCUGGGGUAGCGGAGGGAACUGGAAUCUAUGGACACGGCGCAACAAUGCUUCCGGGCGGAGUGAUGAUGAUCACGGGCGGUUACCAUAUAGCACAGUCAAGUAAACGAUCUAUGACUGGCACCGAGGUUAACUCGGCAGUUCUCAUGUACAACGUUACUUCGGGUAAAUGGGUUUCCUCCUACUCAAACCCCGGUUCUUUUCAGCCAGAUGGCAUAUCCAGAUCGUCCGUAUCCCGCAGAACUGGGCUUGGUGUCGGACUCGGUUUAGGUAUUCCCUGUGUUGCGGGGGCGGCUGUUUUUCUUUGGUUCUACUUCCGGCGACGGCGAGUACGCCGAACUCGAAACCAGAUGCUCCGCGAACUAUCUUUGGGUGCAGAACGGUCUAUUUUCUGGAGCCCGGAAGAGUCCCAUCUGGCUAGCAGUACUCACAGGCCUCCCCAGAUUAUGGCUGAAAGAACAGGCCUUCUAAGGGAACCCUCUAGUCCCACUAAAAACAACCCGCUGCCUUUGAAUGCGAGAAUGUACAGACCUCCCGCUCAAUGUAAUGAGUAUAGGCGAAGCGACGGGACCGGUGACAUGCAUCCGAUUGAUGAAGAAGAUGAGGCACAUGGUGCAGCAGGUGGAGAUAGCACCGGUUUAUUGCCAAAGGUGACUCGUAUAGAGCUUUCUCCUGAGAGACCCACAGCCUUUGCAACGAGCAUCGGUCGACCUAACGAGGGACAACCUUCAGAGCACGCUGACAGAGAAUCUUCAAACCUUUCGGACUUCUCGAGGCCGGUAGCUCAUCCAUCUCGCGGUAUUAUCGACAGCCAUCCGGGCCAGCCAACCAGUGGACGUGCAUCCCCGGAAAAGCCGAGUUCUGCAUCCAACCAAAGUCGGGACACUUGGAGCCGACCUAACAGUACCGUGAUCUCUCAUGAACGCCGGUCUUCUGAUUCAUUUUCAACUGCCCAUACAACGAUUUCACAACGACAAGCAGAAGGCGAACAUCUUCUACGAAACGACCCUGAACCGUCCUCUCCAAUUGACCUUAUGCCAAGACCUCUCUCUAUCUCAAAACCGAGGGCUGAAUGGAUCGGCAAUGUCCGACGAGUGCUCUCUAUGACACGAAAGCGGCCCCAGUCAUCUGAAGAUGGCAGUGUUGCCUCUACGGCUUCGGGUAUCGACAGAAGGAGUGCCGUGCUUGGAUCCCCAGGGCCUUUGUUCGAUUAUGAACUUGAAUCCAAGCUCCCUCGGCGAUCCGUCAGUGCCUCAGCGGAACUAUUUCGCCGCAAACAGGGUGCUAAAGACUGGGGAACGGGCAAUAUUGUUUCACGUGAGUUGACUGGGAGGAUGACACGCGAUGACUUUGGAUUGGAUGGAGUGCUAGAUCUCAAUGAUGGCGACUGGGAUGUGGAGGGCGCAGCAGAGAACCGACGCGUCCAAAUCACCUUUACCGUGCCGAAGGAGAAGCUGCGAGUUGUCAAUGCUACGGCCAAUGAUAUGGACGAUAUCAGCGAGAAGUCCGUUAGUCGAAGCAACAGUCGGUGAUGAUCUUGACGUUAGUCUGAUAUGACAUAUAUACACAUCGAACGUGUCUAUCGUUGACUAUAUCAACGGUAGAAGGUGGUGGACUAAAUAGCCUGAACGGUCUGAAUGUUGGGUAGGAAGCACCAGUGUUCCUGCCAAUCCAGCGUUAGCUAUCCUCUAACUGGCAGCAGACUCUACAGGGGUCCGCCGAGGCAGGUGCGGUCGUUAUAUGAAAAUGGAAUGGAAGGAGC